AGUAUACAAAUAUUACAAAUAUUAAAAAAUAUUCUGCCGGCUACGUCAGACUGUCAAGCAACGUUAAGUAUAUAUACAUAACAAUUCAUUUUUAUUUGAUUUUUCUCAAUUUUAAUUUCUGUGAUGGUUUAGUGUAGCUAAACACAUCAUUUAACACAUUUAUCUGGUGUGUGUGGUUGAGAGUGCUCAUCAUGAAAGUUGUAUUUUUGUUCUUUGUGACGACUGGUUGUCUUUGUCUUUCAUCAAGUCUAUCUGUUGAUACCUACUUGACAUCUAGAGACAAAGACCAACUAAAGAAUGUGCUGCUUACGGGUUUAGAAUCUGAAAAUUUGUCCGAUGUCUUCUAUGCUGUGUCAGGACUACAACAGCUUAAUCAACAAAUACCUGAUGUUCAAGCAGUCUGUAAUAAAUUAGUGAAAUAUGUUGGAAAAGCAAAAUCAUUAUCAUUAGAUUCUGUAUAUUUUUCAACAAGUGCUUGGAAAACAAUUGCCACAUGUACAGGCAAAUUAGUUGUUGAUGAAUCAGUGCAAGAAAUUUACGCUAUGUUGGAGAAGAAAGAUAUUAGAGAUGUCCAUAUGUCUGAUUUAUACUUUGGUGUCAGUAUUUUGAGUAAUCUUAAUCUUAAACCCAAGGAUAUUACUAAACUUAUAAAUAUCAUCAAAAGAAAAAUGAAGCCCGAUGAUACUAUUACUGAUUUUGGAUAUUCAAUACAUUUAUUGGCAAGUCUUGGCCCAGAUGGACGUUUUGCUUUCAAUCGUUUGUCUGAUGCUAUUAUGCAAGUUGAUCAAGUUGAUCGUAAAUUCUUACAAUUUGAAGGAGGCUUGUCUGUCACUGCUCUUGUGUUGACUGGAGUAUACAAAUUUUGUGAUGCUGUGCAAUGUAAUACUUCAUUUCCAAUUCAAAAUGAUCAAGCUCUGAUGUUUAGUAAUUAUCUUUUGUCUCGUAAAUCGGUACAAACACCUAAGGGAGCAUAUUUCUUGCUUAAUGCUCUUAAAACAUUGUCCAAUAACAAGUACCACUUGCCUAUUGCUGCUACACUUGUGAAACCAAUGGGUGAUCUAGAUGAUACACAAAAAAUACUGUCUGUGCGUUUCACUAAUUUGCUUGGAGAACCAUUACCAACAUCUCUUUCUGUUGGUGUUGAGUCAGCAAUGUUAAAUAACAAAGUUGUAAUGUCUAAAAAUAAGUUCAAAUCUACUGCUGAUAAGACUGUAUAUGAAUUAGAAUUUAAUGAACCAGAUUUGUCUAUUGGAAUCUAUAGUAUAGUAAUAAGUGCUACACCAUUAGAAAAAGUCAAAAUUCCACUUUUGGGCAAUACAGCUAUUCCACUUGAAGUAAAAGUAUCAGCUUCUUCAGUAAACAUUGUUGAUUUUAAAGUCGGCACAACUGAUAAUGAUCAACAAACAGGCCCAUCACUCCAAACUUUAAAGUACGGUGAAAAGUUGUCAACUAAAUUAAAAGCAGACCACAUGCAAAGAAUUAUAGUACGCUUUGCUAUCAAAGAUCAUCAAGUUAAGAAACAUGUACAAGUACACCAGGCAUUUGUUAGGUUUACAAAUACUAAGACUGGUUCUCAAAGUGUAUUCGUUGCUGAAUUGGACUCUCAAAAUAAUUAUAAAUUAGAUAUGGAUUUAGGCGUUAAAUCGGUAUCAUUCAAACAUGCCUCUGGUUUAUACUCUAUGGAUUUGAUUAUUGGCGACUCCUUGUUGAAAAAACCUAUAGUUUGGCAUUUUAGUGAUAUUAAAUUGAAAUUUUCUGAAGUUGAAUCAGAUGUAUCUGAAUCUUUUGCAGAUUUUUAUAAGCCGAAAAAAUUAAUUUCUCAUACUUUUAGAGAACCUGAGCCUAGACCACCUCAUAUUGUAUCUCUGCUUUUUACUAUAUUGUCUCUUGCGCCGUUGUUGGUACUUUUUGUCUUGUGGGCUCGAUUGGGAGUUAAUAUUAAAAACUUCCCAUUCAAUUUGAGUGCCAUAGGAUUUCAUUCAGCAUUAGCUAGCAUAUUCAUAUUAUUUGGUAUGUUUUGGGUAUACCUAGAUAUGUUCAUAACAUUGAAAUAUUUAUUUUUAUUGGGGAUUUCGACAUUCUUAUUUGGUAACCGAUUACUAUCAUACAUUGCUAGAAGAAGAAACAAGUAAUUUAGAAUUGUUACAUGACUUACAUGUACAUUCUAUAACAGUUUUCUUGUUUGGGAUGAUUAAGUCAAAAUGAUAAAAUAUUCAAUCCGUUGUGUACAGGAAAAUGUCAGAUUCAAUUUCUUUUUUCACUUUUACUAGCAUUGAAUCAUAUCUUUUAAAUUGUAUUCUCAAAUCUCAAUGAGAUGUACAUAUUAUAAUGAAUAUUGUAUUAAAUUUAUAAAUAUUAGAUAAAUGAAAGCAUAAAUUACACACUUGUACACAUAUGUGUCACAUAUACACACACUUAUACAUAUAUGUAUUUACCUACUUAAUUUUAAAGUUUACAAAUAAUAUUUUCUGAACAAAGCAUUUUUAUAUAAACAUACUUAAUUUAUUAUCAAUAUAAUUAUUGGGAUGAAGAAAUUAAACAAAGCUAAAUUUUUUUAGUUGAUAAAUAUAUUGUUUUUAUUUUUAAGUAUUAUUUGUUCUUUGGAAAUUAUGUAGUAAAAUUUAAAAUAAUAUUUUUUUCUUCUUUGUUGAGCAAUAUUGUUAAAAAAGAAGAUUAAAUAAACAAGAAAAUAAGUCAAUAAUGAAUCAGUAAUAUUUUUCAAAUACAAAAAUAUAUAAUAAAAAAAAAACCUGAAAUCACUUCUGUUACUUCGUAAGUUUUGUUUGUAAUUUGUGAUUGUAUUAGUGUAAGUAAUGUGUUAAAUUUGAAUUCAAGAAUACAUCAUUCUGUGCAAAAAGUAUACAUUUAUAUAUAAUAUAUAUUAUAGUAACUAUUAUUUUAUUGCAUAUCAGUAUGUGUGGUCUUUGUCUUAUAAACAGUAACAAUCUGUUUUCAGCCUUUUCAACUUAGUAUAGUUAACUAUAUAGAGUUAGGUAGAUAUGAGUGAAUAAGACCUAUCAAACUAUAAUAUAAAAAUAUUAUCUGUAUUUUCUCAUUGAUGUUUUUAUAUUUUAAUUUUUAAAUGAGUAAAAAAUUUUGAAACUUUAAUAUUUUAAA